AUGGCUCUACGGUCCGGCUUCACAUGGCUCUCUCCUCCGAUUAUCCUAGGAGCUUUCAUCCUUUGGGAUUUCCUUGAGCACCGAAUAUCGGCGAGAAAUCGAAAACGGUACCGCGGAUUUCCUGUGCCACGUCCCGAAGAACGUGCAUACAGUGCUUCGGAUGUCAGCAUCAUCAUCCCUACCGUCGACACAGACCUCGCCUUCUCUGAAUGUCUCGGCGGCUUGCUCAGGAAUAGACCACUGGAGAUCAUCAUUAUUACCACUGAAGAAGAGGAAGGCAGGGUUCGAGGACUAGUCUACACUCCGGCUGUGGAAGGCAAUAUAGGGCAGACCGAUGUCCGCGUCUUAACGGUCUCCAAGGCGAACAAACGAGACCAGCUCCUGCGCGGCAUUAACGAGAGCAAAGGAGGCAUUAUGGCGUUGGUCGAUGACGACGCAUUCUGGGAACAUGAUACUGUUCUCACUCACCUUCUGGCACCUUUUCAACAGGAAGACAUUGGACUCGUUGGCGGUCCAAUAACCUCAUAUCUACCUAUGAAGAGACAGGAUCCCAGGAUUAUUACGCCGUGGGAGGUAGCAGCUCUUCGUCUUCGUGGGAAGCGGCAUGGAAGCAUGAAGAGUGCGUAUGCUGCGGAUGGUGGGAUCAAUUUCUGUGUAUCGGGCGUCACAGCGCUGCUCCGUUCCGAGAUCGCGCUUGACCCGCCGUUCCAACGUGCUUUUGGGAACGACAUGUGGAUGGGCCGACGACAAAACUCUGGUGAUGACAGCUUCAUCACCCGGUGGGUCCUUUUCCAACAUCUAUUCAAGCAGCAGCAGCAGCAGCAGCGACAAGGCGACGGGCAAAGACCGAGACAGUGGAAGCUUGGUAUGCAGCUUACCAAGGAGGCAGAGGUGGGCACCUCGAUCAUGCCGGACUCGCGCUUCGCGGGUCAACUGAAACGAUGGUACAGGAGCGGCCUUCGACACCGAUUGAUGUGUCUCGUCUACGAACCUGGCCUGAGAGCCAUGUUCAAGACGUGUCCCCACAUGACACGCAAGAUGGUCGAGGGAAUGCUCAACCCGGUGCUUCUGUGGGUGCGCCUCUACUGUUUUUGGAGCACAUUCUAUGUCUAUCCGUGGUUUGCUUCCUUCGUUCUUGGUAUGAAGAUUUACGCUUACGUCGAGGGUCUGCUCGACUUCGCCAACGAAUACCCCUUUGUCAAGCGGCACCUCUGGGCGGCUGUCCUCGUCGACAGACUCUACCUCGUCUCGGACUGGUACUGUUGGAUCACGCUGGGGACUGAGGCGUGGAUAACGAGGCAGGCGGUGGAUGAUUGUGCGACAGAUGUGGUGGAGAAUGGAAAUGGCGUCAAGGAAGAAUAG